CCCCCACCCUCCCACCUCCACCUCCAUCCACCAUGUCCUCCCGCCUUUCUACCUAUCUCUUCCGGCUCGGUGUCCCCAUCUUCCUGGGUACCACCGCCAUCCAGUCCUCCAUCUACGAUGUCCGAGGUGGUACCCGUGCCGUCAUCUUCGACCGCAUCUCCGGUGUGCAGGAGAAGGUCAUGAACGAGGGCACGCAUUUCCUGAUUCCCUGGCUGCAGAGGGCCAUUAUCUACGACGUGCGCACCAAGCCGCGUAACAUCUCCACCACGACGGGGAGUAAGGAUCUGCAGAUGGUCAGCUUGACGCUGCGAGUGCUGCACCGUCCGGAUGUGCCCAGGCUGCCAGCUAUUUACCAGUCCUACGGCACCGACUACGACGAACGAGUCCUCCCCUCCAUCGGCAACGAAGUCCUCAAAGCCAUCGUCGCCCAAUUCGACGCCGCCGAGCUCAUCACCCAGCGUGAGGCCGUGUCGAACCGCAUCCGCACCGACCUGAUGAAGCGCGCAUCGCAGUUCAACAUCUCCCUGGAGGACGUCUCCAUCACGCACAUGACCUUCGGCAAGGAGUUCACGCGCGCCGUCGAGCAGAAGCAGAUCGCGCAGCAGGACGCCGAGCGCGCCCGCUUCAUCGUUGAGAAGGCCGAGCAGGAGCGCCAGGCGAACGUCAUCCGCGCCGAGGGUGAGGCCGAGAGUGCCGAUAUCAUCAGCAAGGCUGUCAGCAAGGCCGGUAGCGGACUGAUUGAGAUCCGUCGCAUUGACGCCAGCAAGGAGAUUGCGCAGACGCUGUCCAAGAACCCCAACGUUACUUAUCUGCCGGGGAAUGAUGGCAAGGAUGGGGGUAAAAGCACCAGCUUGCUCUUGGGGUUGAGGAGCUAGUUUUUUUUU